AAAAGCUUCAUUUACUGGGUCUGCACCAGAUUUUCGUAUCUUUUUUUGUUUCGUCUGUCUACUGAUUUCUUCAUCCUUUUCUCUUUCUCUUCACCAGGAUAGAACUGUUUCACUAUUAUAUUACCAUUCAAGUACAAAGCUCUCGUCCCAUACUUCUACGAGACUGAUAUUCCAUGGCGGGUAUGUGCUGUGAGGUGAAUAUUGGUGAGACAGAGACGACUGUACCUGGAGACCGGAGUUCAAAAUCCGGUAGGAGGAAAACGGAAAUUCACCAGUUAAAGUUUCUACGCACCGAUUCCUCGGCGGAUCCGCCGCUAGAGAACGUUAAAAAUAAAAGGCAGAAGAUAAAGGUAACUGUCCCCGUUUCACCUCCUUGUGAGUGCAUAAACGCAAUUCAGAAUCUCCAAGUAAAGGAGAAACAGCUUGAAACCGUAACUGAGCUCAAUCGGGUUCUGGAGUGGCCAAAAUUCGGCGUGACGUCGGUUUGUGGAAGAAGAAGAGAGAUGGAAGAUGCAGUGGCAAUUCACCCUUGUUUCUGUGGCAAAAUCAAUGAUAUCUCAACUGGAUUACAUUUCUUUGGAGUAUAUGAUGGCCAUGGCUGCUCACAUGUGGCGACCAAGUGCAAAGAACGAAUGCAUGAAAUAGUGAAAGACGAGCUCAAAAGUGGGGAGGAUCCUUCAUGGAACGAAAUUAUGUUCAAGAGUUUUAUAAAAAUGGACAAGGAGGUAACAGAAUGGUCUACUAAUGGAGCUCCCACCUCUACUUGCAGAUGUGAGCUUCAAACUCCUCAUUGUGAUGCCGUUGGAUCCACAGCCGUUGUGGCGGCGGUAACGCCUGACAAAAUUAUCGUUUCUAAUUGCGGUGAUUCUCGCGCCGUCCUUUGCAGGAACGGUGUUGCAAUUCCCCUUUCAACCGAUCAUAAGCCUGAUCGACCCGAUGAGCUUGAUCGAAUUAACCAAGCUGGUGGCCGGGUCAUUUUCUGGGAUGGGCCUAGAGUUCUUGGUGUAUUGGCGAUGUCUCGAGCGAUCGGAGAUAACUAUUUGAAGCCAUAUGUGAUCCCGGAGCCGGACGUGACUAUAACAGAGAGGACAGCGGACGAUGAAUGUUUGAUCUUGGCUAGUGAUGGGCUGUGGGAUGUGGUUACGAAUGAGGUGGCGUGUGGAGUGGCGCGUAUGUGUCUUCGGUCCCGGAAGCCUUCAUACCCAUCGCAAUCUCCAGGCAAUGAAACAACAGUGACCGCUGCUGGUGAGAGCUCCGACAAGGCAUGUUCAGACGCGUCAAUUCUUUUGACUAAGUUGGCCUUGGCCCGUCAUAGCAGCGAUAACGUUAGUGUUGUCGUGGUUGAUUUGAGGAAGGAACUAUAGAGAUUUACCCAUUUUUACGUUUGACACGAAUGUGGUAGUUACGGAAUUUCUCCGGCUUCCUUGAAGAAGGAAAGAAUGAAAAUGAAGAAAAAAAUUCUAAAAAUAUGAACUUUAUGUAAUAAUUUUCUGUGUAAUCUCGAUUCACAUUUUGUGGAUGUUAACUCCAAUGAAGAAUUGUGCAUUUCGAUCCAGCAA